AUGCUCAAUAACCUCCGUGUCGUAGAAAAACCGUCCGAGUCCAGAGACUUUAUUGCUAGAAUUCUGUCAGUGGAUGUCUCGAUAAUUGUUUGGAUGUUCAUCAUUGGAAAACAGUAUCUGUUGUUUUUCAUUUGCGCAUAUUAUGCUUUUAACGUGUAUGUUAGUGAGAAUCCACCACUAGAAGAAAUUCGAUCGGUUGGCUAUUAUAAAAGAAAAAUAAGAAUCGCAAUUAUCGGAUCAAUUCUCUAUAUAAUCUCCCAUGUUAUCAUUUUGAAUUCGCUAGAUUUGAGUGGAUGGACUUAUUAUACCAUAUACUGUCUUCUCAAUGUGUUUUAUCCGGUAUUUUAUAUUCGAUACACGUGGAAAGUUGUGGUUUUCAGCGGAUUCAAUUUGAAAUAUGGAUAUGGUAUUGGACCUGUCAUUUUUGGGAUAAUCGCUAUUGUGAUUCUUUUUUAUCAGAAUCCCCAAGGCGGGCAGCAAAUCCAUGUCUGCGCAUUGCUUCAUUGUAUCUACGAUUUCUGUCUCACUUUCAAAUAUUUCUGUAUCGAAUUACCGGGUCCUGAAGAAACUUUAUUGCAACGAAUUAAAACUGAAUGA